CAGAAUUGAGAUGCACUAGAAUAUAUAUAUAUAUAUCUCUCUCUCUAGCGUACUGGUGUGCAUGUCGACGUUGAUGGCCUCCUACAGCGCCGCAGUGAGCCGAUCGCCCGUUCUGCCGGCCUCGUCUGUCAUGCUAGCCCCCGGUUCUUGGAGGCCUGCGGUCGCAUUACGACAUUCUGCCGCAAUCAAGAGCCGCCAGCGGCUCACCAUGACCUGUGCGCUCCCGGGCAAAGAGCGGCCGGCUGUAUUCAGCAUUUCCCCCACCGCUCUGCUGUGCCCCGUGCCGCCGCCGGACGGGAAGGAGCGGUGGAACAUCAAGGAGGAGACGCACUGCGUCUGGCUGUGGUUCCAGGUGCCCGGGCUGUCCGAGGAGAACAUCGAGGUCAAGGCCAGCGACGACAUGCUCGAGAUCAAGAGUAAUGGCGGCGCCAGCAACGCGACCACGGACGCGCAUGGCGUCGGCGCGUUUCACAUCCGGCUGCUCAUGACCAAAGAGUACGACAGCAGCAAAGUGACGGCCGAGCUUAAGGCCGGCAUGCUGGAGGUCACCAUCGCCAAGCGCCCGGACCGCGACCGCCAGGCCAAGCCUGUCAAGUUGGGACCCCAAGCUCCCAAGAGCCCAGACGCUGGUGGGUUCAUGCAGAGCUCAAACGACGAGAAACCCCAAGGCGUAGGAGCCAAACAAGGUGCAGGUGCAGCAAGUGAGAAGGGCUCAGACGCUGCUGGGUACAAAGGGAGCUGGAAAGAUGAGAAAGCUCAAGAUGGAGGCGCAAAAACAGGUGCAGUUGGAGGUGCACAGAGAGGAGUAAGUUGGAAGGGCCCAGACAUUGGUGGGUUCAAGGAGAGCUCGAAAGAUGAGAAAGUCCAACACAGAGGUACAAAACAAGGUUUAGGUGUAGAGACAGGAGCAAGUGGGAAGGGUCAAGACAUUGGUGGGUCCAUGGAGAAAGCCAAAAGCGGAGGCACAAAACAAGGUGCAAUUGCAGGAACAGGAGCAAGUGAGAAGGGUCCAGAUGUUGGUGGGUACAAGGGGAGCUCGAAAGAUGAGAAAACCCAAGCUAGAGGUGCAGAUGCAGAGAAAGGAGCAAGUGGGAAGGGCCCAGACACCGUUGGGUCUAAGGAGAGCUCGAAAGACGAGAAAGCCCAAGGUCAAGGUGCAAAACAAGGUGCAGGUGUAAAGACAGGAGCAAGUGGGAAGGGCCCAGACGCUGGACCAUCCAAUGGGAGCUUAAAAGAUGAGAAAGUCCAAGGCGAAGGCGCAAAACAAGGUGCAGGUGCAGAGACAGGAGCAAGUGGGAAGGGCUUAGACACUGGUGGGUCCAAGGGAAACUCGAAAGAGAAGAAUGCCUAAGGUGCUGAUGCAGGUACAGAGACACGAAGAGGUUGUCCUCGAACUAGUUGAGGAUCUCACGAUAUUUUCUCCUAUGCUUUGAAAGCAAUAAGGCAUGUUUGGAAUGCAAUAAUUUUAUAGGUUUACUGUGAAAUCUUUACUUAUGAAAAACUGAAAUUCUUUUAGAUCUUCUCGUUCGGCUAUAUUCGAAGUAAAUUCUACAAUGUAAAGGGACUCAGAUCCAGCCGGCACUUGGCUUGAUCCAUGCUAGCUAUUGGUUCAA